AUAUCGUAAACCCUUCACACAACACAAAAAAGAAAAGAAAAGAAAAUACUCUUACCUUCUUCCCCAAGUUUCUUUCUUUUCCAACUUUCUGGCAAACAUAUUCUUCAUAAUAUUUUGAUCGGAGUUAUUAUCAAAGAUGAUGACACGUGGAGCAACAAGGAUGACCCGACUAGUAAUGGGUCAUAUGGGUCCACGUUACUUUUCAACUGCAGUUAUCCGAAAUGAUGGUUUAACCGGAGUUACCGGUUUUCCGGUGGAGAAAGGGCUGGUGACGUGGACUAGGAAUUUUCCGGUGAUGGGUUCACGUAGUGCAAGUACUAUGGCUUUGAAUGAAAAGGAGCAAGAAAAGAAAGUGGAGAACGGCGGCGCUAAGGGCGGUGAUGAGAAAUCAGUAGUGAGUUAUUGGGGUGUUCAGCCAUCAAAGAUUACUAAACCAGAUGGUACUGAAUGGAAAUGGAAUUGUUUUAGGCCAUGGGAGACGUACCAGGCAGAUAUGUCAAUAGAUCUGACGAAACACCAUGCACCUGUCACGUUUUUGGACAAAUUUGCUUAUUGGACUGUUAAGUCCCUUCGAUACCCCACUGAUAUAUUUUUUCAGAGGAGAUAUGGUUGUAGAGCAAUGAUGCUUGAAACUGUUGCCGCAGUGCCUGGAAUGGUGGGAGGUAUGUUGUUGCACUGCAAGUCCCUGAGACGAUUCGAACAGAGUGGUGGAUGGAUCAAAGCACUGUUGGAAGAAGCUGAAAAUGAGAGGAUGCAUCUCAUGACUUUCAUGGAAGUUGCCAAGCCAAAGUGGUACGAGCGAGCCCUGGUCUUCACAGUGCAAGGCAUCUUCUUCAACGCCUACUUUGCGACUUACCUUCUUUCCCCAAAGUUGGCUCAUCGUAUCGUGGGGUACUUGGAAGAAGAGGCUAUCCAUUCCUACACUGAGUUCCUCAAGGAAUUGGACAAGGGUAACAUUGAGAACGUCCCUGCUCCUGCUAUUGCCAUUGAUUACUGGCGCCUGCCUAAAGACUCCACUCUCCGUGAUGUUGUCUUGGUUGUUAGGGCUGAUGAGGCUCAUCACCGCGAUGUCAACCACUUUGCAUCCGACAUUCAUUAUCAAGGACAACAGCUGAAGGACUCACCAGCACCACUUGGGUAUCACUAAGCCACUAAUAAUACAAAGAGAGA